AUGAAGCUGGCGCCGAACACCAUAGAACUACAUAAAUCAGUAGUAUGCACUUUUACGAAUCCAUAUGCUACCGCAUCGAUCGGCUCGCACCCUCUGGUCAAACACAUGCUGAAAGGCAUCAGCUUGGAGGGGCGGAAACGUCCUAGUAGACUUACCUGGAACGUAAACGAACUUACUGAGUGGUUAAAGUGCUACAAAUUAAAUGAGGAUACCAUCUUUCAAGUCAGCAGACAUCUAGCUAUCCUGUUACUUCUAGCCACAGGUCGAAGGAUCCACGAUCUAACUUUAUUAAAUAUAAGCGAAGAGUUCUUUGAAAUAACAGAUAAAAGUAUUAAAUUAUGGCCUAAAUUUGGCUCAAAAACAGAUUCCUGUACAUACAUACAAUCAGGUUGGGAAAUAACAAUGAACCCAGUCAAAAACUUAGACCUCGUUACCUGGACUAGACGCCUACAGGAAAUAUCAGAACCAAGACGAAGAAACAAAGGUAUUACAAAUUUGUUUAUAACAACCCGCGGUAAAGUCGCCCCAGCUUCAAGAUCAGUGAUAGCGGGAUGGAUACGCACACUGUUCAAAGAAGCCAACAUAAAUGCCUCUCCAGGUAGCUGCAGAUCAGCCGUUGCUACCGGUAAUUGGUUACGCGGGUAUACAAACAUAGAAGAAAUUAUGAAAAAGGGUAAUUGGCAAACUGCAAAAACAUUCUUCAAUCAUUAUCUCAAACCAAUCAACCCUAAAGUCCCAAAUACAAUCAGUAAUAACCUUUCAGAUAAUUUUGCGUUAAUCGACUGA